AUGGGACAAGUGCAGCUUACGCCUCGCUUCUAUCGUGUUGCGGCAAAUGACAUUCUUGCCGCUCCCCCGCGCUUCUACAGACCGCUACUCUGGACUUCGAUCCAGAACAGGAUGCAAGAUCCUGCCGGUCAAACGCCUCGCUGCGCAACACCUUUUAUGUACUUCUUCCUUUGUCAGACACCGUGUCUGUGGACACACAAAGACCCUGGAGAAACAAACUCGAACACAAUGUCUCCGUACUUUGUGCUCCAGAAACAAAGCAUUAUGAUCAAGAACCAACCCCCAAAUAUGCCUCCUAGCGAACUCCUCAGAGACAUGCUCGUCUCCCGCGAAGACUACGGCGACUUCGGCGGCGUCAACUGCGUAGGGGUCAAGCGCCUCCUGGUAGGCCUCGUCGCCGUAUCAACAAUCUGCAUCCUCGCAAUCUACCUCGCAGUCCACUUCCGCAUCUGCCUCGCUCGCGACAAGAAAUCCUUCCGCUCCCUGGCCAUUGACUUUGAAACACUCGGAAAGGUCCACGCGACGCUCAAGAACCAGCACGAAUUCAUCCGCGAGGACUGUCGCAACUUGCAAAUGACGCUCGACUUUUACAUCAAGGAGUACGGUCGGCAUCCGCGCCAUAAUCAGUUGCGGUUUGAGCCUGGGCAAGGGAAGCAGACUUCAGGUGUGACUGAUGUCGUCAACUCUCCUUCGGGUAAUAGACACUUGCGUGAGGACGAGGAUGUCUUCGUGGUUGAAGAGCCUUCGCAGGAGGAUUUGAAUGGUGGGGUUGAGGAGGGUGAUGUUGCGGAUGGCGAUCGUGUUCCGCGGUUCAGCGAGGAGGAGAAGAAGAGGAAGCAAGGUAAGGUGCCGCGUAUUCAGGCUAUCGCAGCUGGAAUGCAGGAUGUUCCGCUGACUCCUCCCAUUCAGGGGCAAGGUAGUAGGUAG